AUGUUUGAGUUGAUCAAUAACAAGUUAAAUAAUAAGGUUAAAGUCAUACAUUUUGAUGAGUUAAAUGAUUUAAAACCAAUUGAUGAAGGUGGCUUUGGAAGUAUCAUAAAAGCAACAUGGUCAAAAACAAAUAAUUAUGUUGCCUGUAAAAAAUUAAUUAACACAAGUAGAUUUAAAUGUGAUGACGAUAAAUUAAGCGCAUUUAUUUAUGAGUUAAAAAUACAAUUGCACCUUAAUUAUAGUAAUCGUAUUAUUCGUUUCUUAGGUAUUAGUCAAGACAUAAUUACAGAGCAUACUAAUAAUUCUGAUCCUGAUUCAAAAGUUGGCAAUUCUAUCCAACUUGAUGCCUAUGAUGAAUUAGAUG